AAAAAAAUUUUCCCCAUGUGAACAGCCAGCAAAAAGCACUACGGCCACUCAGUUCCACAAUUCGGAGAGAAACAACUGUAAAAAAAAGGGCCCGAAUUUUAGGAUAAACCGAAAAAUAGAAAUCAACUCUUCUCCAAAAAAAAAACCUUGUUCUCAUUUGUUUUUCGAAUAAAGUGAUUUUAUAAUCAAAAUUAUAAAAUAAAUAAAUAAAGUAUUAAACUCUUCCCCGUUUGUUAUUAAUUUUUCAAUUGAAAUCCAAAAUUCCAAAAGUAGUUGUGUGUUAUUCCAUCCUCAAUUCUUUUUUUUUUUGAUGUAUUUUUGCUUUGCUUAAAAAGUAGAACGGAGAGAUAAUAAACAUUUCGUCAAAAGAACGAAAGAAAAAAAAACUCCUCACUCUACUAAAAACCGAAUUUAGCAAAGAUUCUCCUCCUCAUUCUCAACAACCAGCUGCUGGAUAUUAUUCCAGCUUUAAAUCUUGCUUAAAAAAAAAACCAUCUAGAAACUACAAGUCAAUCGGCAAAAGGAGAAAAGCAAAAGCACGAAAAAAUGAACAUUGACGACUAUGAAACACUUCCAACGACAAGUGUUUCGACCAAUAUGACCGCUGGAGCGAUUGCUGGCGUCUUGGAGCACUGCGUCAUGUAUCCACUGGAUUCUGUGAAGACCAGAAUGCAAAGCUUAUCACCUGUAUCGGCCGGCUUCAACAUCUCUGCGACGUUCCUCAAUAUGAUAAAAAAUGAAGGAAUUUUCAGACCUAUUCGAGGAGUGACGGCCGUAGUUGCUGGUGCUGGACCUGCUCAUGCUUUAUACUUUGGUUCAUAUGAAAUGUCAAAGGAACUUUUAUCAGAAUUUACAACACACAAUAAUCUUAAUUACAUGACGUCUGCUGUAAUUGCAACACUUAUACACGACGCAGUAUCAAAUCCUACAGAAGUUAUCAAACAACGCUUACAAAUGUACAACUCGCCAUAUAAAUCGGUCAUUGCAUGUAUGAAAGGUGUCUAUAAGAAUGAAGGGCCGAAGGCCUUUUAUCGGUCAUAUGCAACUCAGCUGAUAAUGAAUAUCCCUCAUCAAACAAUACACUUUAUGACGUAUGAAUUUUUCCAAAAUAUGUUGAAUCAAGAAAGAAAGUACAAUCCACCGGUACAUGUUGUAGCUGGUGGCGCAGCAGGAGCAUGUGCUGCCGCAAUAACAACCCCACUUGAUGUUGUGAAAACUUUGCUGAAUACUCAAGAAACCGGCUUCACGCGUGGCAUGGUUGAAGCUAUUAAACAGAUCUAUUCUGUUGCUGGUGCAGGUGGUUUCUUUAGAGGAAUGACAGCCCGAGUGCUAUAUUCAAUGCCUGCCACAGCAAUUUGCUGGUCGACAUAUGAAUUUUUCAAAUACUAUCUUGGCGGCUUAGGCCGAGAUCAAUAUAAAUCAUCAAUUAGCGGAAAAAAUCUUCUCCAACCAAAAGAUACGUCUUCGCUGAUACCAGCAGUAAUUGUGGCCGAUUUAUCGUUAAAAGCGAACAGCCAAACCAGUGAUAGCAGUGAAGGCAUGUACGUCCUGCCACCAACCACCUCCGAAGCAGAAAGUCCUUCAUCAACGUCUACAUCAUCGACAGAUGAAACACCAGCAUUAAUUCGAGAAUCAUCACAACACGCCCAGCUACCAUCGGCAGGACCGAUCAAAACGGUGUGCGAACUAUCUAGCCAUGUUACAAGUCCGGCAUUGAACAUGAAUACGCGGCAUACAGAAGUAAAAAGUCCCUUUGAUCGAGGUUUUUCAAGUCCAUAAGAAAAACACACAAUUAACAAACAAUAAAUGAGACUAUACAAACAACAAAAUAGAAAAAAUUGGAAGCCAAUCGAAGGGAAUUUGCAUGCUGCAGUUUGUUAUAUAUAUUAUAAUCCCAUCAUAAGAAAACAUAUUCAUAUAAAAAACACACACACAUACAUACAAAAUCGACCCACCCACCCCUCAUCGUACACAAAUACACCACACACACACACACACACACAUUAUAACUCUCUUCUUUAUAUCUCAGAAAUCUUUUGUCUUGUCUUUACUCUCCGAUUCGACGUAUUCUAAACGAUGACGACGAGUGAUCUCUUUACAACAACAACAACGACAAAAACAAAAAAAUGAGAAAAAGUUUAAAAAGCUUUUUCAGCACUAAAACAGUUAUAAUGUGUUAUAUACGUCGCGUAUUAUACUACACAAUAUUUAUACACACGUUAUAAAAUAAGAAAUUGUUGUUGGUUGACUGCAAAAUCAAGUGAUUGAUCAAAUUUGUUCAUAUUUCUUUUUUUUUUUUUAUAAAUUCUUCAUAAAAAUUGUCCUAUUUUUAAUUUUUUUUUUUCAAUUAUUACGAAUAUGUAAAGUUAGACUUUAAUUUUGUGUGAUUUCAACCAAGAAAAAGGUUAUGUUUUAAAAAAAACGAAAAUACAAAAGAAAAUAUUUAUUGCCCAAAUGCUAAAGUUAUUGACGAAUAUUCUAUGUUCUGUGCUGUCAGGUCAGGUUAUAUGUGUAUACGGGUUUAAUUGGGGUUGUUAACGGGAACCAUAAAAGGCACUUGUCUAUAUAAACAUUCAUGGGGAGCGAAUUCAUUAGGUUUUGAUUCCCAAAAUUAAAUUGAGUUAAACUUGAGUUAACAACUCAUCAACUUAAGCAAAAAAAAAAAAAAACUAUUUCUAUUUUGACCCAUUUAUGUAUCUCUUUUCUUAUCGAUAUGCCAGAAAAAUAUUGGGACUAUCCCUUGAAAUGCUUCAAGUUCUAGUCCUCUGUCCCAAUUCGGGAGUCAUCAAUGUUCUCAAUCAUUGCUAACAAUAUUUUACAACAAAUUUUUUUAAAGUAAAUACCACAAAAAGGGUUCUUCUGGUCAUUAGUUAGACAGCUCCAAUAAAAGUUGAAAGAUAAAGCAAUUUCGUUUAAAAUCUUCCCCAUUACAAGCUGAUACGAAAAAACGGAUUUUUUAGGUCCACGAAUCGCAACUCUAUUUUAUGGCUGUUUUUAGCUAUGCGAUCAAAAAUAAUUGAUGUGUUGUGGCUCAUAAAAAUUGACGUUAAAAAUCAAGAAAAGGAAUGACGAGUCAAACAAAAAAAAAAAAAUAAAUAAAUAAAUAAAAUAUAAAUUUUCAUUUCCAAUCAGAAGCUGAUUACUUCCCAAGAUAGAUAAAAUGAAAAUCUUAUCCAAACCCAAUCGCACUUCGUACAUUUGGAUUCCAUUUCCAAUUAAUCUCAGUGCUCUACACUGAUUCCAACGCCUGUUAAAUAGAAAAGUAAUAGCUUAUCUUACCCCGUGGCACGCUGUUUAGUGCAAUGGACUAAGGCGCCAGAGGUCUGGAUUCGAUUCCCAGCCUACACCACCUAAAAUCUGAAAGAUUUUAAGGGGUACCAACUGCAUCUUGCGAAAAAUUUAUAAAGCCCCCAAAAGUAUUAUUGUAUGCUUAACCAAAUAAUUGUACUUUCCUUCCAUUCUGCAAUUUAAUUACACGCACACAAGAAUGGUUGAGAGUUGUUAGUCACUAGGCCUUGCCUCUUCACGGGGUGUUGCAAGUAUGACAUUUCGUGCCACAAAAUUUAUGAUUUCUUAAAUCAGGGGGUCUUUACUUAAUACGAAACGAGCGGCAAGUAAACGAUACUGAAGUAUACCAUAGCCACGACAAUGAGCGAUUAUGUGAAAUAAGAAAGUCGUAAGGCCAAACUAAACCAAAAAAAAAUAUAUUUUUGAGGCUCACAUGCAGAGGCAAUAAUAUGAAAGCUAAACGACAACAAAAAUCAAAGUCGCAAAGAUUAACGAGUAUCGUUGAAAAAUAAUCGUAAUAUGUAAUCGUAUUUCAACGAUAACAAAGUAGUUUCAACGAUAAACAUUUUACAAAAAAAAAAGGGCCCUAGGUUUCGCACAAAUCCAUGUUUUUUAUCACCAGUUAUUUUUAUGCAAUUUUCGAGGGGCUUUUUUUAAAUGAAAUCCGUCCUAGUUCUAACAGUAUGUAAAACUUGUAUACCCUGGUCAUAGAUGGUGGUGGUAAAAACUUUUUUUAGAGGUACAUAAUUUAAUUUUUCCGAUGAAAUGAUUUUUCAAAGCUUACACAAGACAAAGGUCCAACG